GCUUGGGACCCUGGCAGGCUGUAGCAGGGUUGAAGCCUACUGCGCUUCAGGCCCGGAAGCCGGGUCGGACGGUCUGCAGAGUGGAGUGGGGCCGAGGGCACUGGAGAUCUGGAGCGGGUUCCUUGGCCGAGAUUGGUGGGCUACCUUCUGGCAUCUCAGGAACUUCCAGUCUCAGACCCUUGCCCACUUUCCUGUUGUUUUCCUCCUUCCUUUGGGCGUGGUCAGACCCUGCCCGAUUCUGUCGGGUCGCUCACUGAGUGGGACAUCUUGGCUCUGCUGCUCCUUGGCUACCUCUAAAGGAGUGCAACCCAAGGAGUGACCAAGGUUUCUCUAGAAGUGCGGUCCUCCUCAUCUGCAGCCUCCGCCUGCUCUGCCGAGGGCUCCGUAGGAGCCUUUGCUGCUAUUGGCUUGCUGUGGUUCCUUGGCUACAUGCGAAAAUGUUAAAAUCUUCACCAGUUUGCCACUGAAGUGGCUGGGUGAUGAGCUUUGGAUGAAUCGUUCAAAGUUGCCUGGCUUCUCAUUUUUAAAGAGAGAUUUGGUUAAAAUCCGAGAUUCUAUGAGUAUGCUGUGUAAGCUUUUGAAUGACACAGAUGUUGAAAGUGAUAACCAGAGGGUGGGCAGACUCCUCAGUGUUGCAGGUAACAGAGGACAUAUAUCUUAGCUGGGUUGCUCUGAGAACUGAUGUCUGAACCAUCUCAGCAUGGCCUAUAGAGGAGGAGGGGGGCAUGCGAAGCCUCCCUCAACUCCACUCUCCUCGGUUAACCCUGGAAGCUUUUCUACCUGUACAACCCAUUCUCAUAAUAUAUGCAUGGUAUCUGACUUUUUCUACCCAAAUAUGGGAGGAGUGGAAAGCCACAUAUACCAGCUCUCUCAGUGCCUGAUUCAAAGAGGGCACAAGGUCAUAAUUGUCACCCAUGCUUACGGAGAUCGAAAAGGCAUCCGUUACCUCACUAAUGGCCUCAAAGUCUAUUACUUGCCUCUGAAAGUCAUGUACAACCAAUCUACAGCCACGACCCUCUUUCACAGUCUGCCAUUGCUCAGGUACAUAUUUGUUCGGGAGAGAGUCACAAUAGUCCAUUCCCAUAGUUCUUUUUCUUCCAUGGCCCAUGAUGCUCUCUUCCACGCCAAGACAAUGGGGCUCCAUACAGUCUUCACGGACCAUUCCCUCUUUGGAUUUGCUGAUGUCAGCUCGGUGCUCACAAACAAGCUUCUAACUGUGUCGCUUUGUGACACAAACCACAUCAUUUGUGUCUCUUAUACUAGUAAGGAAAAUACUGUACUAAGAGCAGCACUGAAUCCUGAAAUAGUGUCCGUCAUUCCUAAUGCGGUAGAUCCUACUGACUUCACUCCAGAUCCAUUUAGGAGGCAUGAUAGUAUAACUAUUGUUGUUAUCAGCAGACUUGUUUACAGAAAAGGGACUGAUUUGCUUUGUGGCAUAAUACCUGAACUCUGCCAGAAAUAUCAAAAUCUAAAUUUCAUAAUUGGAGGAGAGGGACCAAAGAGAAUCAUUUUGGAAGAAGUACGGGAAAGAUACCAGCUACAUGACAGGGUGCGUCUUUUGGGAGCUUUAGAACACAAGGACGUUAGAGAUGUCUUAGUUCAAGGGCAUAUUUUUCUUAACACCUCCCUCACCGAAGCAUUCUGCAUGGCGAUUGUGGAAGCAGCCAGUUGUGGUUUACAGGUUGUAAGUACCAAGGUGGGUGGAAUUCCUGAGGUGCUUCCAGAAAGUCUCAUUGUUCUGUGUGAGCCUUCAGUAAAAUCUUUGUGUGAAGGGUUGGAAAAAGCUAUUUUCCAACUGAAGUCGGGGACACUUCCAACCCCAGAAAAUAUCCAUAGUGUAGUAAAGACUUUCUACACGUGGAGGAAUGUUGCGCAGAGAACUGAAAAGGUGUAUGAGCUGGUCUUGAAGGAAGACGUGUUGCCCAUGGACAAGCGACUGAAUAGGCUCAUCUCUCACUGUGGCUCAGUCACAGGCCACAUUUUUGCUCUGUUGGCUGUGCUCAACUAUAUGUUCCUUAUCUUCCUGAGAUGGAUCACUCCAGAUUCUAUCAUUGAUGUUGCAAUAGACGCCACUGGGCCAAGAGGUGCCUGGACUCAUCACUGUCCUCCCAGUGAAAAAAGGGAUGAGAACAAGAAGGUGUCUAAAACCAGGUAGAAGAAAGCCUGCCUUGUAAUGUUUUAAACAUUUGUAACACUUCUAUUAAGAUGGUUGAAAAUAACCUUGCUUUUUGGGUUUUGUUUCUUAAAUUUAAUUCAGUAAGUUAUGCUACCUCUAUAUCAUAUGAUGUUUUAGUUUAAGGAAAGAUUAAAAACUUAUGCAAUUCCUGAGUGUA